AAAGAUUGUUUAAUGGAGAAUUGAGUUGUGAAAAUGAAAGCUUCACCGGGAAAGAUGGGUAUGAAAGAGAAACUAGUAGAGUUCAUCAAGAAGCAAAUUUUUAUGGAGAUGAGAGCUUGUCAAUUUAAUGCAAAGGGGAAUUUCUCAGUACUCUUUCUUUUCCUUCUUUUCAUUUCCAUCCUUUUUCUUCUUUAAGUUUGCUUAUCUUUACUUGAUUUGACUGUUUUCAAGCUUUCUUGAUGUGGGUUGUUUGUGUUUUUACUGUUUGAUGCAUAAAGAUUGUAACUUUAGUGGAAGGGAAUCUUGGUUUGCUUGUCAAGAUUCAAUCUUUAGCUCUAAUCUUGAUGUGGGUUGUUAGUGUUUUGACUGUUUGAUGCAUAAAGAUUGGAACUUUAUGAGAAGUGGAUCUUGUUUUGGUUUAAAAAUUCAAUUUUUAGCUGUAAUCUUGAAGUUUCUUGGAGUGGUUGAAUUGGGCUUUUAGGGUUUGAGCAGAAAGGAAAAAAUAGGAAAAAAGAAGAAGCUGAAGAAGUUAAAGAAGAAGAAGAUCUAUAGAUGCUUGUGUUAUUGUAUACUAAUAGAGAUUUUGUAUAUAUAGCAAGGAAGAAGGGUGUUGAUUAAUUCUCUUUGAGAUAUAUAUUGAAAUCCAAGGGAAAUAUUUAUUCCUUUCUUGUUACUUUUAUUCUGACUGAUCAGGUAGAAAAGAUAAUAGUAUAACUUUAUAAAACCCGCCAUUUUUGUUGUGGGUUUGGUAAAUUUCACCUCUAUUAGUUGGGUAAAGUUUACUCUUUGAUACAAACAAUUGAUUACAUUAGUGAAAGAAGAGGAGGGGUUAUAGUUUUUCUGGGCUGAUAUAUGGUGGAUUGGUGUAUUCUAUGGGAAUACCUGAUCAUUCGAUUCUGGAUUUGAUACAUAAAGUUGGAUCUUGGAUUUAUUGGGGAAGUGGUGAUUUGGAUUCUUGUUCCAGUGAAUACAAGAUGGCUAAAAUCUGCUGUGAUUGCAUGAUGCCUGUAGUGGAGUCUUCCGGUAGUAACCAUUGCCAAAGAUGUGGCAGGAUCUUGUGUGAGAACUGUGUGCAGUCAAAUGGUUGUAUUGGUGUUGUUUCAUCGGGGAACUCGAUUUUAGAUGGCUCAUCUGAAGCUGGUGCUGUAACUAACUAUUGCAAGUUCUGCUCUCAUAUCAGUAACAAGGAAAAAGUUGGGAAAAAGUUCAUUGAAAAAGUUUAUCCUUCAGACUCACCUAGACAAAGCCCUGAACCACCAUCUCCAUGUUCUACCGGGAGAUGUGAUGAAUGUUGUCAUCCAGAUUCUGCCAGAAGCAUAAUUCAUUACUCUCCAAGCAGGAGCGAUGAUGAUGAUAAAGAGGACUCCAACAAAACCUUUUUCAGUUCAUUUUUUGAUGAUACAUCGGAUGUAGAUUCAAGUAGUAUUAGUGCUAGACAUGAAUUUUACAGUUCCAAGUCAGUUGGAUCAAGUCCACUGGACAGCCCCUGUAGGAUCCAAAAUUUUAAUAGGAUAGGGCAUCCUGUAGAGCAGGAGCAAGUAGGAACCUCAAGGUUUCAAAAUGGUCCCUCUGAUCAAGAAACUUCGGCUGUAUUAGAAAUGCCUGAGAUGGGGACUAAGAAUCCUGAAAAUGCUUGUCAAAAGGAGAAUAAUUUGUUGACAUUCCAAGAUCGACCUCUAGAUUUGGAGAAGAAUGGUCUUAUCUGGUUUCCUCCACCUGCUGUUGAUGAAAAUGAUGAGAAAGAAGACAACUUCUUUGCAUAUGAAGAUGACGAGGAUGAUAUUGGGGAGUCUACUGCAAUGUUUUCAUCUGCCGACAUUGACAACAUGCUAUCAGAGAAGGAUAAAGACAAUGAUGGCCAAAAGGAUUCAUUAAGAGCUGUCGUACAGGGGCAUUUUAGAGCCCUUGUGUUGCAGCUUUUGCUUGGGGAGGGGAUACAGGUGAGUAAAGAAAACAAUGAAGACAAUUGGCUAGAUGUAGUUACAGAAAUAUCAUGGCAAGCUGCAAACUUUGUGAGACCAGAUACUAGCAGAGGAGGUAGUAUGGAUCCUGUCGAUUACGUAAAAGUUAAGUGUAUAGCAUCCGGAAAUCCCAGUGAAAGCAAAUUCAUUAAAGGAGUAGUUUGCACAAAAAAUAUAAAACACAAACGCAUGAUUUCACAGUACAGAAACACUAGAUUACUCAUUUUGGAUGGAGCACUCGAGUACCAAAGAGUUCCUAAUCAGCUGGCAUCUUUUGAUACGCUACUACAACAGGAAAUUGAUUAUCUGAAGAUGAUCGUUUCAAGGAUAGAGGCUCAUCAUCCAAAUGUGUUACUGGUUGAGAAAGGUGUAUCUUCAUAUGCCCAAGAGUAUCUGUUGGCGAAGGAGAUCUCCUUGGUGUUGAAUGUUAAAAAGCCUUUACUACAGAGAAUAGCUAGGUGCACUGGUGCUUCUAUAACUCCUAUUGAUAAGUUGUCUGUAGCUCGUUUAGGGCAUUGUGAACUCUUUCGCAUAGAAAAAGUAUCUGAAAACCUUGAACAAGUGAAUCAGCACCAGAGAAAGCCAUCUAAGACCUUAAUGUUCUUUGAAGGAUGUCCACGGCGGUUAGGUUGCACGGUCCUGCUGAAGGGUUCUUGUCGUGAAGAACUAAAGAAAGUUAAACAUGUUGUUCAGUAUGCUGUUUUUGCAGCUUAUCAUUUGUCCCUUGAAACUUCAUUCCUUGCAGAUGAGGGUGCUAGCUUACCUAAACCGACCUUGGGAUCCUCAAUAUCACUACUAGAAAGGACAAGUGUCGAUAGUACUAUUUCUGUUAUUCCUACUUCCGUUGUUCCCACCUCCUACUCAGAAGUUGCUAAUAUCACAAGUUUUAAUGACGAGUCUACAGGCCUCAAUCUAGAACUCGAGGAAAGCGAGUCAGUACUUGAGCCUCUUAAUCCUCAGUUCAUCUCUUCUCCCAACUCUGUGGAAUACAGACUCGGGUCCUCAGAUGUCAUAGACGAUCACUUAACAGCUACAGCAGCCUUGGAAGAAUACAGGCCAGGUGUAGUUGACAAUUACGAAAGAAGAAAUCUUGACGAGGAGAAUACCCAGAUGACCUCAGGCCAUAUGCAACUACAGGAUCUCUACUGUCAGAAAAAGCUUGACGAGGUGCUUGCUAUUGAUGCCUCCAGUGAAUACCAUUCAGCAGGUGAUAGUCACCAGAGCAUACUGGUAUCCUUUUCAAGUCGUUGUGUGCUUAAUGGAACUGUCUGUGAGCGUUCUCGACUCCUGCGCAUUAAAUUUUAUGGUUGUUUUGAUAAACCACUUGGCAGGUAUCUUCAAGAUGAUCUAUUUGAUCAGACAUCCUGCUGUAAAUCAUGCAAAGAACCAGCUGAUUCCCAUGUAGUCUGCUACACUCACCAGCAGGGUAAUCUUACAAUAAAUGUUAGAAGGCUUCCCACAGUAAAGCUACCUGGAGAACGUGAUGGAAAAAUUUGGAUGUGGCACCGGUGCCUGAGGUGUACACAUAUAGAUGGAGUUCCACCAGCAACCCGCAGGGUGGUUAUGUCUGAUGCUGCUUGGGGCCUUUCUUUUGGGAAGUUCUUAGAACUUAGUUUCUCGAAUCAUGCAACUGCUAAUCGUGUCGCAAGCUGUGGUCAUUCUCUGCAAAGGGACUGUCUUCGGUACUAUGGCUUUGGGAGUAUGGUAGCAUUCUUCCGGUACUCUCCUAUUGAUAUUCUCUCUGUCCGUUUGCCCCCAUCAGUUCUUGAAUUCAUUCCUCAUUCUCAACAGGACUGGCUAAAGAAAGAGACAGCCGAGCUUUUAAGCAAGCAAACCACUUUGUACGAGGAAAUAUUGGGAGUGCUUCAUAGGAUUGAACAAAAAAGUACCUCUCUUGGACUUGAAUCAUCUGAUAGAAUUGAGUUACAUAGUCACAUCAUUGAAUUGAAGGACCAGCUAAUAAAAGAGAGAGAUGAUUCUAAUUGUAUACUCCAACCACCUAGCAAAGAGAGUUUAGAACUAGCUACAGUGACGAUGGACAUUUUUGAACUUAAUCGCUUGAGACAAUCGCUCCUGAUCGUUUCACAUGACUGGGAUCAACGGCUUUGUUCAUUGGAUUCUCGCCUUAACUCUGAGACACGGCUUGGUCCCUCAGAUCAUGCUGGCCUAAAGAAUUCAAGAAGUGUUUCAUCUCUCAGCGAUGUCACCCUUUCUCUUGACCAUAAUAAUGUCGGUGUGUCUGAACAGAUUUUAAAUAUACCAGAUUUUCCCCAGGAAGAUUUACCGUGCACGCAUGACAAAGAUCCUGAAGCUUCAGCAGUAAAUUUUGGCGUUCGUGGAGUUUACAUGUCGACAUCAUGUGAGAUUAAGGAUGAGUUGAAGACACAUUCAGAUGGAGAAUCUACAGAUAACAAGACAUUAUUAGAGCGUGCUCCCUCAGCGGCAUCUGAAUUGUCGGAUAAAAUUGACUCUGUGUGGAAUGGUACAGCGGACUAUAGUCCGCUGAAAUUACCUUCGAGAAGAUUAUCAUCGCCAGCAAGAGUUCAAUCAUUUGAUUCUGCUAUAAGAUUCCAAGAAAGGGUUAAGAAGGGAUUGCCUCCCUCCUCGAUGCAUUUAUCAGCAGUCAGAUCUUUUCACGCUUCUGGGGAAUAUGUAAACAUGCUUAGAGAUCCCAUACCUGACUUACAAAGGACUUCUACUCAAAUUUCACCUCACGAGGCCCAGAAAUUUAACCUUUGGAAUGCCUCACCCUCAUUUAUUUCUUCUGCAUCUCUUUUGCCUAAUGGGGCACGAUUGGUACUUUCAUCAAAUGGCCAGACAGAUUUGAUUAUUGUUGUUUAUGAUAAUGAACCAACUAGUGCUAUAUCUUAUGCGCUCAGUUCCAGAGAGCAUAAAGACUGGAUAGCCGAUAAAUCUAGUGGAUUUGAAGAGGCCUGGAAUGCUGCUCAACUGAAGCGAGAGGAUUCUGCAGCUUCGACCAUUCCAGCCUGGCAGUCUUUUGGGUCUUUAGACUUGGAUUACAUCCACUACGGAAGUUAUGGUUCUGAAGAUGUUUCGACCACUAUUGGUACCAUACUAACGGAGCCUAGUAGUAGUCCCCAUUUCAAAAUUUCUUUUGAGGCCGAGUCACCUAAUUCUGGAGGAAGGGUAAAGUUUUCAGUUACCUGUUAUUUCCCAAAGCAAUUUGAUGCUCUCAGAAAGAAAUGUGGCUGUAAUGAAGUAGAUCUUGUACAUUCUCUGAGCCGAUGUCAGAGGUGGAAUGCACAAGGUGGGAAAAGCAACGUUUACUUCGCAAAGUCUUUGGAUGAAAGGUUUAUUGUGAAGCAAGUCACGAAAACUGAAUUAGUAUCUUUUGAAGAGUUUGCACCUGAGUACUUUAAAUAUAUGAAAGCUUCUGUAGACUCUAAAAGUCCCACAUGUCUUGCGAAAAUUCUCGGGAUAUUUCAGGUGACUGUUAAACACUUGAAGGGUGGCAAGGAAACUAAAAUGGAUCUGAUGGUGAUGGAGAAUCUCUUUUUCAGAAGAAACAUUUCGAGAGUCUAUGAUCUCAAGGGCUCUGCACGGUCCCGUUACAAUUCUGAUACUACCGGAGAAAACAAGGUGUUGCUGGAUAUGAAUCUGUUAGAAGCAUUACGAACUAAACCCAUGUUUCUUGGAAGCAAGGCCAAGAGAAGCCUGGAAAGAGCAGUUUGGAAUGACACAUCAUUUUUAGCGUCGGUGGAUGUUAUGGAUUAUUCUUUGCUGGUGGGAGUGGAUGAAGAAAGGAAAGAGCUGGUACUAGGGAUAAUCGAUUACAUGAGACAAUAUACAUGGGACAAGCACUUGGAGACAUGGGUGAAGAGCUCUGGAAUACUAGGCGGUGCAAAGAAUGCUGCCCCGACUAUUGUUUCUCCGAAACUAUACAAGAAACGAUUUAGAAAGGCGAUGACAACCUAUUUCCUUACAGUGCCUGAUCAGUGGUCGGCAUAGCCAAUAGCGAGAUAAUAUCUAGGAUUUAGUUUGAGCACAAUUCAUGUUACAUCAUGUACAUUACAUCUAAUCUUUUGUAACCCAUUUAUCAAAUAAACAUUUGAUGGUUGAGUAGUUUA